AUGGACGCCUACAAAGGCGACAUCCCGGUCACCAAUAUGCAUGACACGUCUCCGUUGUGGGAGCGGCGCUUCGACGCGGGAGGCUGCUUCGUCAGACCCAAAGACCUUUACAUUGGUGGCAGUCUUAAAAGCAAUUUGUGCUUCAACCUUGACGGCGAAAUGGACAGCAACAUCGACGCCAACGUGGAAGCCAAUAUGGACGUCAACAUAGGAUACAACAUGGGCGACAUGGACAAGCAACAUGGACGCCCACGCCCACAUGAAAGAACGAUUUUUCAGCUGUUACUUACGAAUUUUGUGUAA